CGUCCCUCUUUCUGUCCAGCGUAAACAGUAGGAGUGGACAUGGCGGCCGUGCUGAUGAGGUUUGUGCCCUGCUCUCUCGGACCCGCUGUGGUUCCGCGGUCUCUCUCCUUCAGCUCCAGCGCUGCAGUCCGAGCAGUCAGCUUGUCCACCACGAAGCCUCUUCCAGAAAGGGUGAAGAUAGUGGAAGUGGGACCCAGAGAUGGACUUCAGAACGAGAAGACCAUCGUCCCGGCUGAGGUCAAGAUCCGUCUGAUAGACAUGCUGUCUGAGGCGGGACUUCCUGUCAUCGAGGCCACCAGCUUUGUCUCUCCUAAAUGGGUCCCUCAGAUGGCUGACCAGGAGGAAGUGAUGCGAGGCAUUCAGAGGAAGCCUGGGGUUAAUUACCCAGUACUGACCCCCAACCUGAAGGGCUACAGAGCUGCUGUGACUGCUGGGGCGAAGGAAGUAGCCAUAUUUGGUGCUGCCUCUGAACUUUUCAGUAAGAAAAACAUUAACUGCUCAGUGGAGGAGAGUCUGCAGCGGUUUGAGGAGGUGAUGAAAGCAGCCAAACAGGAGGGAAUACCUGUGAGGGGGUACAUAUCUUGCGUUCUCGGAUGCCCCUACGAAGGCAAGGUAUCCCCUGUGAAAGUUGCAGAGGUUGCGAAGCGACUAUAUUCCAUGGGUUGCUAUGAGAUCUCCCUGGGCGACACCAUCGGUGUGGGCACUCCAGGCGGCAUGGCUGAGAUGCUGGAGGCGGUGAAGAAGGAGGUGCCCAUCCACGCCCUGGCCGUGCACUGCCACGACACUUACGGCCAGGCGCUCGCUAACAUCCUAGUAGCCCUGCAGAACGGUGUAAGUGUCGUGGACUCCUCGGUGGCUGGAUUAGGUGGCUGUCCAUAUGCCCAGGGGGCUUCUGGGAACGUGGCUACAGAAGACGUAAUAUAUAUGCUGAAUGGACUAGGCAUUCACACGGGAGUGGAUCUACCCAAACUGAUGGACGCUGGCUCGUAUAUCUGUCGCUCCCUCAACAGAAGGACCAGUUCCAAAGUAGCACAAGCCACCUGUAAACUGUGAUUUGCAAUACAAAUGGUGUGUUUUUUGCCCGUCUUCA